CGGAAGAUUACUUUAACCGACUUCUUGGUCGGCUGAUCUAUUACGGCGACCUCUCCGCAUGUCAGCCUCGUCGAGGCUCAGUCAAGACCACCAUCACUUGAUGAACCAACAUCAAGUAAAUGGCUAACAACAGCUCGCCGGGUUACAAAGCCCUCUUCUUCAGGGAAGCAGCCCUAAGACAACAAGCAGAGGAACGCCAACAACAGGCAGAUGAACUCCAGCGGCAGGCACAGAGGGAAAGGGAUCAGGGAAGAGAACGAACACGACAGACAACCUUUGCAGAGCUUAUCCAAUACUGUCACAACUAUUUCUCCCGAUCUCUGAGAGCUGAAAGUCCGUCUCACUCUACAACGGGGAAGAUACCGCCGCCCACUGGGAAAUGCUGUCCGUUGCAGCUUCUGCCUUGGACCGACUGCGCAGUUUUGCACCCAGCAAUGUCUACGGACGCUGCAGCAGGGUGGCCAGCUGGAUGAUAAUUGCCCGAAUGUUAAACUUCACCGACAGGGAGGGAAUAGUAACCAACAUCUCAUCAACAUAUCCAAAGUGUGUGCAAUGGGGAGCUGUCGGUAGGUGAUCCAAAGACGGCUCAUAGCCCAAUGAUCUUAUACCCAGAUAAAAUUGAGGAAUAAUACUUGAUGUCCAUGCCUAC